GUGGGGCGGCCUGCGCGCGGGGAGGGGGUGCUGGCCCUCGUGAGCAGCCUACCCAUCCCAGCACCCUCCUGGAAGGCCCGCACCCCCAACCGGCGUGGGGAAGCUCCAGAGCUCUGGGAAAGUUGCUCUUGGCCAGCCCAGCGGCCUGAUUGGCCAGAUUGGGCUUGACUCCAAGGUGGGCCCUCAAUGUGCCCAGGCCUGGUGCUUUCUUGGCCCACCCUCCAAUUUCACAAGGCUCGGUGGCUCAACGGCUUCCUCUGGGAGUGGCUGGCUCUUCCACAGCUGCCCAGGUCUCCUGUGUCCCCACUCAGGCCUGCUUUGGCCUCUGAGCCCUGAAGCUUCACUUGGACAGGUGGCCUAUGGAGCUCUCAGAGAAGGCACUAGGGGACAUGGCUGGGAUCUGGGGACACUCUGGGUCUUGCUGCGGGUCCCUGUGCCAUGCCCACUCAGCCCUCUGAGCUCCUGUGGAUGGAGCAUCAGCCUGGGAGGCCCCAACACCCAAGCCUUGCCCACCCUUCCUUGGUGGGUGUGUGGCCCUAAGCCUCCUUGGACUGACAGGGUGAUGCAACCCUCAGUGGGUGGCCAAGGGCUGCCAUCUCCAAACCCCCAGCACUGACUGUCCCAGGACCUGUUCCCAGUAGCCAUGAAACAGAUGGUGUGAGUGGCCUGAGUCCUACUGAGGGUGGUGAGUGAUAUCCCAGCCUGAAAGUGCUCAUGGCCCCUGGAGAGAUGAACAAGUAGGUGGCAGGGUGGACACAUUGUUUCUUCCUCUACGAGGGAGCGGUUAGGGGCAGGGGAUUCCCACCAGCCAGGGCGUCCUGGGACUAGCUGGGCGGACUAGCUGGAGUUCCCUGCCAUUGGAGGCCUCCAAGUACCAACCCUUCCCCAGCCCUCUCCUGCUCGUCCCACCCUGAGGGCACAAUGCCUGACCCAGCCACCCUCCUCAGGAGCAUGGUGUCAGCCUUUGAAAGGGUGGUUCGGAGCGUGGUCCGGGAGCUGGACCGCAAUGGGGAGCUCAUCCCCGUGAACAGCCUUCAGAAUGCUACUGGCUUCCGACCCUAUGGUCUGCUGAGCAGGAAGCCCUCAAGUUCGUGGUUCUGGAGACCCCAUUACAAGUGUGUCAACCUGUCAAUCAAGGACAUCCUGGAACCUGACGCCCCAGAACCAGAUCUGGAAUGCAGCGGCCCCUUCCUCUUCUAUGAUGCCAUGGACGGGCAGCUGCAGGGCAGCGUGAAGCUGGCAGUCCCGUGUCAGGGGAGGAUCUCAGGUGGGGCCUCGGUGUCUGACAGUUCCAGCACCUCGAUGGACGUGUGUGCCCUGCAUGUGGACCCCAAUAUCUGGGAAGCCAUGCACAAAGAAAGGCGCCUGCGGCAGCCAGAACAUAAAGUCCUGCAGCAGCUGCGGAGUCGAGGGAAUGAUGUGUAUGUGGUGACAGAGGUGCUGCAGACACAGAAGGAGGUGGAGGUCACCCGGACCCACAAGCAGGAGGGCUCUGGCCGGUUUGCACUUCCCACAGCCAUGUGCCUCCAGGGUGAGGGCCGAGGACACCUGAGCCAGAAGAAGGUGGUCACCAUCCCCUCGGGCACCAUCCUUGCCUUCCGGGUGGCCCAGUUGAUUAUUGGCUCUGACUGGGACAUCCACCUCUUCCCAGAUAAGAAGGAGAGGACCUUCCAGCCACCCUCCAGAGGCCACAAGCCUUCUGGGAGCGCAGAUGGCUGGCAGCAGCAGAGCUUUGGCUGCUGCCCGAUACAGUCCAUCUCUCACCGCCCGAAGUUCCUGGCAGACGGACUCUCUGAGAAGCAGGUGGCCACUGAAGACUUCCAGGGCCUGCAGGCAGAGGUGGGAGCCAUGUCCACGGAGCUGGAGCACAUGGAGCCAGGGCUGAGCCGGCAGCUGCUGGGGUACCUGGCUGCGAUGCUGCAGAACAAACCAGCCCUGCAAGCCUUAGAGGAUUCGCUGGAGCAGGGCCUGUGCUGUGGGCAGGCAGAACCCCUAGACGGCCCGGCGGGUGCUGUCCUCGAGUGCUUGCUGUUCCCCUCCGGGAUGCUGGUGCAGGAACUCGCCAACUCCAUCUUAUACCUGCUGGGGGCACUGACCGUGCUGAGUGAAACCCAGCACGUGCUGCUGGCUGAAGCGCUGGAGACAGGGGCCCUGCCGGGGCAGCUCAAGCUGGUGGGGAGCCUCUUGAAGCAGGCCCCAUGGCAGGAGCGUGGCACCGUGUCCCUGCCCCCCGGGCUGCUGGGGAGCAGCUGGCAUGAGGGGGCGCCAGCCUGGGUCCUGAUGGAGGAGUGUGGCCUGGACCUGCAGGUGGACGCCCCCCAUGUGCGCUGGGAGCCGCAGGCCCAGGGCCCCACCUGUGCACUCUAUGCCUCCCUGGUGCUGCUGUCAGGACUGAGCCAGGAGCCCCACUAGCUUGCACCCCACACGCCAGAGCAGCCCUCCAGGAAGGGCAGUCAGUGCCCACCCAGCCGCCGGCCUAGGAAGGCCAAGGGCCCAACUUAGCUACAUGGCUAGUUGACCAUGUGGCUGGAAGUUGGGGAAACUCAAUAAAUGUGAUG